GUGUGCGGGAUGCUGCUUCGUCGAACAAUGUUCGCAGCACAUGUUCGCCAGCGUCAUGCAGAGCUUUGCCCUCCCUCUUUAUCAACGGAUGAUGAUUCCGGACGGCAUUCUGGGCUAGAAUCGCCUGAUAUAAGUCGAAAUCCAAAUUUUCCAUUCUCCCCAAAGUUAAUGUCUCCUCCAAUAGUCAAAGAACCUAUAAAGCUGACAAUAAGUCUGAAGGGGCACCGAAAACACAAACGCAGGAAGACAAAGCGCGAACGCCGCGGAGAAGACGCGAUAGUGACCUCAUUUGAAGAAGAGCAUCACUCUCCGGCCACACAUGAAUUAAACAAUGAAGAUCGCUUUUUCUGGCCCAAUGAUGACCAACCUGGAACAUCCACUCAGACAAGUACACCGAAUUUUUUGGGACACGGGCUGUCGCCUUCGGGACGUUUGAAAGCCUCCGAAGCCCAUGAAACGGUUGAGGGUGUGGUUAUGCAGAUUUCACCUCGUGUUCAUGCUCGAGAGCUAGAAGAGUCAUCCGAUGAGGAUACAAAGAAGAGAAGGAAAAGAAAGAGCAAGCGAAAGAGCAAAAGAAAGGAGCGCGACAUCAAUACAAUGCCAUCCACCUUACGAUCACGCGUAUUACCUGCUGUUGAACCACUUCGGCUUGCCAUCACCCCAGAAGGUGCUCGUGUAAUAGAAACCCCAAGAGAUCGUCACUCUCCCAGAGGGACGUGCCGUCAAGCCAGUCAAAUCGAACGGAAUCGCCCAGAAACUCGAUCUUUCACUCAUUCACAACAAGCUUCAACAAGAAGCGCUUUCACGGAUUUGAUUCAGUCCUUUCCUGCGACAUCUCGUGUCCUCCCAACGCCACAGUCAUUUCACCACUUCACCUCCCAUCCCACAACAUCUAGUGGAACAGCAUAUGAAGCAAGUGAAGAACAAACUAAAACGCUUACUGUAGGUCAACCUGCCAAGAGAGCAGAGCGCGGUGAAGCGAUCGAAUCGUUAUUGCCCCAAAAUCCUCCAAUAGCAACGGUCCUCACGCCCUCGUCGUGGGUUUACUCGCAAUCUCAAGUAACCACAGAGGUUCCCAUAUUGCCUACGUACAACACUCGAUCCGUACGAAAAGCCGCCGUUGAAAAUGCUUCCUUUCGUUCUGAAGCGAUCCCGUUUGAUCCGUUUAUCAAGCCGAGUGCGAUACUUGAGCCGGAAGGUGUAAAGCCUGUGGUCAAUGAUAACAGUUUUCAAGGACUUGUUGAUCCCGUUUUGACUGAAAAUCGUAGACCAAUUUUACCACAAAGAAAGACCAGACAACCAUCAGGGUCUCAGGAAUCCUGGGAGCCUCUUGGUAUAAAAAGUCCCACCUAUGGAAUUGUUUUGCCGGUAGCCCCGAGACAGGACAACGAUGCCGACGAUGCUACGGUGGCGUUUCUUACGUCAUCCCCUGAAUUGCUGUCGGAAGAUGACACUUGCCCCAUUAAAGAGGAGGUUGAAGACCUACAAAGUGUGUUAGGAGCAUCACCUACAAGGUUAUUUCGUCAGAAAUUUCGGACGGCAACGAGCGCUACGUCUGAAAGCACAGAUACCGAUCAAAGGACGAUCAUAGAUGUUGAAGAGGAACAAGUGGAGCAUAGAUCCAGCGAUCGUGACUCGGAAAUUCUGUCAUUGACGAAGAAGUUGGCUGCCCUCUCCCAAGAACAACUGGAACAACGAAAAUUGUCGAUAGAUUUAACUAAAACGUUGCCUGAAGUUGUGGAGGAAAACGCCUCAGCUACAUUGGAAGCCCCCAUGAAAAGGCUCGAAAGCGUGGUGACUACUCUGCCAUGUCGUCCUAUCCAGGAAAAAGAAGUGGAGAUUUUCAACCCGCAGGAAAGUAGAGAAGAUCUAGUCUUCACCCCAGAUACGCAGUAUAUCCCAGUUCUAGACGGAACCUUUGAUGACCUCAUGAGAGUAGCGCGGCUAGAGGAGUACAAGCGCCCAGAACUGGCUAUAGAAGUUCUAGCGCAUUCUGCUGUGGAUCGGGCCAGUUUAGAACGAGAAUAUGAGAAUGCGCUGGAAGAGGAAGAGGAGUUUGUGCCAUCACAACAGCUUGCGACAAGCAUUAAUGCUUUGUCAAUUGGAAGUGAGAGGAGCGAAAUGCCAAUUGAUGUUUUAGUCACUACAAGAACUGAAGACAAGCCUUCUCUAGCUGUUUCGAGUGAUCAGAACGUGGAAGCUACGCUAUCACCUAUUUCUUUGAUCGGUUCUCGUGCAAAAAUGACCCAGUAUAGAGAAGAGGAGGAAUUGAGCUCUUAUGGAGAGGAUUACUCAGCGGAUGACGACGAGCUUGUGGAUCUCCAUGAGAGUUCAUUCUCUAACUACCAUGAAAUGGAGCUGCAAUCGCAGUAUGAAGAAUCUUUGCGACUACAACCACCAUCAUCAGUGACACCUACUGAAAGGCCUUCAUACUCGGCGACUCCAACUCAGACUGAAUUUGUGCGUCAACAAAUUAUCGCACAGGAAACAUCUCAAGCAUCGCUAUGGGUUUCUCAGCCCAACUUUACGAUUCAGUCAGCUCCUCACGAACUAAGAGUCCAAACUGCCUUUGAAGGCUCAUCCCAGUUU